AUGGAUUUUUCUCUAAAGAAAAUCUUAUUAGAGAGCCACACAUCAUCAGCAGAGCAAACAGAAGCCCAGAAGCCAUCAUCCCGCAGAGCUAGUGGUGACUGUACAUCUCCUUGCCUGAAUGGGGGUCAGUGUGUCCAUCCAGAUGCCUGUAACUGCACUUUAUACCAUGCUACUGGAACACACUGCCAGACAGUCCCCAAUCUAGGCUUUGAGCGAGAGAUGACGUGUCGCUCGUGGGGGCAGUACAACUACGAAACUUUUGAUGGACUUUAUUACUUCUUCCCUGGGAAGUGUAGCUACACAUUACUGAGAGAUUGUGAAGACAACAGUCAGUCAAGCGUGAAUAUACAGGUGCAUAAUGACCCGGAAUGUCAUUCUUUUCCAUACUCCUGCACACGUUCCAUCAGCCUCUUCCUGCCGUGGGAAGGGGAGAUUAGGUUACAGAACUUCAGUGUUACCUUCAAGGGUCAAAAUGUGCAGCUGCCCCAUAACAUCCAUGAUGUUGAGCUUGAGCGGAUAUCUGACUACAUUAUAGUGUCACAGCCACAGGGUUUCACUUUGGCCUGGCAGGGGCACACUGGCUCUGUGUACAUUAAGAUGAGUCCUCAUUUUGUGGGACGUACCUGUGGACUGUGUGGGAAUUUCAAUGCUGAUGUGCAGGAUGACCUGAAGACCAGUUACGGUGUUUUCACCCAGGAUUUGGCCAUGUUUGGAAACAGCUGGUCAGAGGAGCAACCAGAGCAAGCCAGAUGUCCUGUUGUCUCUUCUCUCUACCCCUCGCCGUGUGCCACACAAAGUCCUCUUGUCAUAUUGAAAGUAGAGGAAGUGUGUGCCACCCUUUUAAAGGAGCCGUUUAUGUCCUGCCAUGAGUUUGUCAGUCCAUUUUCAUAUAUGGCCAGCUGCUCCAAUGACCUUUGUCUGUCUGGUCCCAGUGCUGAUGUUAUGUGCCAGGUGUUUACAGAGUAUGCCAGGGCAUGUGCCCAUGCUGAACAUCCACUGCACGACUGGAGAGCACAGUUUCCCGUUUGUGAUGUUGCUUGCCCUGGUGAGCUUCAUUUCAAAGAGUGCAUCCCAUGUUGCCCUACGCAGUGCAACGUUGAACGCAUGUGUAUAGACAGCAAGCUGCAGUGUUUGGAUGGCUGCUAUUGCCCUGCAGAUUUAAUCUAUGAGGAUGGAGUGUGUGUUAAGGUAUCAGACUGUCCAUGUGAGCACCUCGGUAUGGUGUACCCCUCUGGACACAUCAUACAAGAAGACUGCAACAACUGCACAUGUGUUGGGGGAAUAUGGAACUGCACAGAGCACAACUGCCCAGGAGAAUGCUCUGUGACAGGGGAUAUGUUCUUCCAGUCGUUUGAUGGCCGCGUUUACACAUUUUCUGCUACAUGCCAGUAUGUGUUAGCCAAGAGCAGAAACUCUGGGGGGUUCACUGUGACCAUCCAAAAUACACCAUGUGGAACCAAUCUGGAUGGCGCUUGUAUUCAGUCCGUGAAUCUGGUGAUUGAUGAGGACCCACGUACUGAGAUCACAAUGAGCCACAGCGGAGAGGUUUUUCUAGCCAGCCAGUUCAGAAUCUCACUGCCAUAUUCGGAUGAUGUGUUUCAGAUCCAGGAGCUGUCGUCAAUGUUCGUUCAGAUCAAGUCAUCGCAAGGUCUGCGCCUGCAGUAUAACUGGAGAGAGUUCAGACUGUACCUGCAGCUGGAUGAGCAAUGGAGAGAUGACACUGUUGGACUCUGUGGGACCUUCAAUGGCAACAUUCAGGAUGACUUUCUCGCUCCCUCUGGCAUGAUUGAAAGCACACCAUAUUUGUUUGGAAAUGCGUGGCGCGUGUCUUCGGCGUGUGUGCCGCGGCCCAGCUUACCCCAGCUUGACCCUUGUGACACGCAUCAGCAAGCAGCCACCUAUGCAGUGGAGAAAUGUGAUGUGCUGAUGCAGGAGGUGUUUGCUGCCUGUCAUGAAUAUGUAAGUCCAGUAGGAUUUCAGCUGCAGUGUCGCGCAGACGUCUGUAAGUGUGGAGCGCCCUGCCUGUGCUCUGUCCUCGCUCACUAUGCCCGCACCUGCAGGAGACACGGCAUCAUCAUUGAGUUUCGCUCUCACCUGCCUGAGUGUGCCAUCUCAUGUCCACCUACUAUGGAGUACGGAGUGUGUGUGUCUUCAUGUCAGCGCCGCUGCUUGUUUCUUUCUCUCCCACAGCCGUGUGGAGAUGAUUGUGAGGAGGGAUGUGUGUGUCCCGAAGGAACAUACUUUAACAUGCAUACACAAACCUGCGUGCCACGGAGUGAGUGUCCAUGCAGUAUUUUCAGUGCCGAUUACUCACCUGGAGAUGUGAUCAUGACAUCAUCAGGUGUCCAAGUUUGCCAAGAUGGAAAACUGGUUUCCCAGAGCUCAGUUAUUGAUAUGCUGUGUCCACCAGGCCAGUUUUAUGAGGAUUGUGGAAACAGAGUGGACAGACUCUCUGCCAGUAAAGGUUUAGCUUGCGAACAGACCUGUGAGUCGUAUAUACUCAACCUGACCUGCUCAGCCCACGAGCCAUGUGUACCUGGCUGCGUCUGUCCCGCAGGACUUCUAAAGCAUGGCGAUGAGUGUUUCGAGCCACAAUCAUGUCCUUGUUUGUGGAAAGGGAAAGAAUAUUACCCAGGAGACAAAGUAUCUUCCCCCUGCCAUCAGUGUGUGUGUCAGCACGGGACGUUUCAGUGUGAUUUUCGACCGUGUCCAUCAAUGUGCACGGCUUAUGGAGAUCGACACUAUCGCACGUUUGACGGUUUCCUGUUUGAUUAUAUUGGUGCCUGCAAGGUGUACUUGGUCAAGAGCUCAGUGGAUGUCGUGAUGAGUAUCACAGCAGAGAAUGUUGACUGCUUUGACAGUGGCGUAAUCUGCAGGAAAUCUCUUCUCAUCGCUAUCGGUCGCUCCUUCAUAGUGUUUGAUGAUGACUCCGGUAGACCCAACCCAUCCAGUGUGAUCGACAGGCAGAGAGUAUACAUCUGGCAAGCAGGAUACUACACUAUUGUCCAUCUGCUUGGGGAAGACCUCACAGUGCUUUGGGAUGGAAAAACCACCAUCCAUAUACAGGCUGGACCUCGCUGGCAGGGCAAACUGUCUGGUCUGUGUGGGAACUUUGACCAGAAGACAGCGAAUGAGAUGAGAACACCAGAAAACAUAGAUUCAUCCACACCGCAGGAGUUCGGCAACAGCUGGACAGCAGCAGAGUGUGUGAACAGCCCUGAUAUAAGGCACCCCUGCAAUUUGAACCCGCUUCGGGAGCCCUUUGCAAAAAGACAGUGUGGGAUUUUACUAAGUGAAGUGUUCCAAAUCUGCCACCCAGUGGUAGAUGUCACAUGGUUCUAUAUGAACUGCCUGGUGGAUACAUGCGGCUGUAAUCGUGGAGGCGACUGUGAGUGUUUCUGCACAAGUGUUGCUGCCUAUGCCCAUCGCUGCUGCCAGAAGGGCGUGACUGUUGACUGGCGCUUACCUUCCAUCUGCCCGUAUGACUGUGAAUACUACAACAAAGCUUUAGGGAAAGGUCCACUUAAGCUGAUGACCUACAGAGAGAGAGGCACACUGUUGGCAGCCAAUAAGACAAGUGGACUGGUGUUUCCAAAGAGUGAUACAGCCAGAAGUGAUGAUGUUGUGACUCUGUUCAUGAUGACACCAGGCCUCAGCAAAGCCAGACCACAUGACUCAUCACUGGUGUCAUUUGAAGCAGCAGACAGACCCAACUACUUCCUGAGAGCAGGGCGCAGUGGCCAGCUGAGACUGCAGAAAUGGGAAGAAACUGAGGAAUUCUGGGAUGCAGCUACCUUUGUUUUGCACAGGGACACGUGGAUCUCAGGCUUUGAUUCACUUGAGUCCUUAGCAAAGCCAGGAUUUUUUUUAAAUUUCAUGCUGUCUGGACUCCAGCUCUUGAAAUACAGCCACUCAGAUCGGUACCGCAGAGCUACUUUAUUCAGAUUGACAGGCACUAUACCAGAUUAUCCAAUGGGUCCUCGAUGUCAGUGGCGGUAUGAAUCAUGCGUGAGCCCUUGUUUCAGGACAUGCAGUGAUCCAUCAGGUCUGAGCUGUACCAGCAUACUAAAGGUUGAAGGAUGCCUUCCUCAGUGUCCAAGUCACAUGGUUCUAGACGAGGUCACUCACAGAUGUGUCUAUCUGGAAGACUGCAUUAAGUCUGUUAUUAUUCCAUCAUUCACGCCACCCACCACUACCAUAUCAUCUUCUACAUUAAUUUCAUCAUCUUCUACCUUAAUUUCUACCUUCAGUGGUCCAGCGGUUUCAAUAUCAGCCACCUCUAAAACUUUGUCAGAGUCAAGCACCACUGGUUUCACACCUACAACACACAUGCCAGUCACAGAAAAGCUUACCUCUUCUGCUGUCAGACCUGAGCUGGUGGAAACUAUUACCCCAUUAACGACAUCCUCUUCCUCCUCAAGCCCGCUGGCUUCCACUGAGAGAGCCACUGGAUUACCGAGCACUACUCACAGUCCCACUACUCACAGUCCCACUUCUCCUACACCAAUGCACACUAGCCCUUUGGCUGUCUCGCCAUCCCUCCUAGUCACUACUACAACAAGCAGACCAGAGUCUUCAACCCCACUCACCGGUACCACAACUAUCCCCUUACCGCUGACUGCUAGCCAUGGUUUGUCAUCUACCUCAAGUAAGGAGCCAACCAGAGUAAGCACUCCAGUCUCAACUAGCAUGAGCACUACACAAGCCACCACCCCAACAGUCAGAGUCUCGUCUCCCCACACCUCUAGUACUGAGACCCCCAAAGUCUCAGAGGCCUUCACCCUUACUGAAAAGACCACAGUUCCCACUGUGAUGUCUAGUGGUAGCACACAGACUGCUUCUGAAACCAUCAGCACAACAAAGUUGACUUCACCAGCAGCCAUAAUGUCUACUUCAGUCACCACACCGAAUAUCACCUUUUCUAUGUCUACGCACACUCUAAAGACAACUCCAGAGAGUACCUCUGAAAUCCAGGAGCCUUUGGAUACAACUACAUCGAAAAUGGAUACAGACUGGUCAACCACCCUCACUCCUUUAAAAUCCACUAGUUCUGCUUUUCCAACUCAAACAACACCUUUUAUUCCUUCAACGUCAACCUCAGAACAACCCGAAACAUUCAAAACUACAGUAUCCAUCUCUACAGGUGCUCCAACAAGCCACAUCACCACGAUGUCUUCUCAAUCCACUGUAUUUGUGCCAACAGAAACCACAACAAAAACAACCCACAUGCCGACAUCUGUUGUGCACACCUAUCCAACAACUGGUGCUGCAACUACUAAGAGGACAUUGGAGACACACUGGACAGAAACCCAAACCACAUCAACUCUGUCUAUGUCACCAGAAACCACCCAAACCAGUACCAGAACAACAGAGACCAUACCUACUACCCACACCACCAUCAUUUUCACCUCACCACCUACAGAGGCGACGUCAACAACACUACUCACAUCACAUGUGCCACUAACUGACCAGUCAACAUCUACAGCUACAUCUACUUCUACCACACAGGGCAUUACAGAGCCACAUUGGGGUUUAGUGUCCACAACUGCUCACCUUACAGACAAAGUCAGCACAUCACCACCUCCUCCACCUUUGACGACCACUCCCACAACAACUCCACUGCGUGAGACAACCCCAUCUUUACCAACCACACUCACAACGGCAACCUCUGAAGCAUCUAAAGCUCCGACAGAAACAAGUGUCACUUCUGAAAAAUCUUUGCUGACUUUCACCACAACUGAGAAAGAAAUGGUUUCCACCAUUCAAACAUCCACAGCCAGACCCUCGACCAUCCAACCCAUCACAGGGACAACUAGAGUUUCUCUUGAAACAGAUAAAGCUGUGCUGUCAACAUCUGCGACAACACAUACGUCAACAUUGCUGCGUGAGACCGUGAGCGCUCUUCCUUCCAAAAUGACUUCAGUGGUUACAACCCACAUCACGCCGGUCAUGACUUCAUGGGUGGCUACCACACAAAGAGAAACUCCAACCACAACUAGCAUUCCACCUCAAACCAGCACCGACACUACAAUGACAACACAACACACUACCAUAUAUACAGAAAAGAUGACAACUGUUUCUAGAGAUACAACUACCACUAGUAUCUCUUCUGAAACCACCACAACUGGAUAUACAGAGCACACCACUGAAUCUGGUCUAACCACUACACCGCUAUCAAUAACUGAAACGACUACAUCUGCUCCAGUGACCAGUUUGGCACCCGUUGUUACCCAGGCCAGCACUACCACACAGUCCCCUGCAUCUCCGACUGUUACAGAGAGGAUUCCCGUAACUAGUGUGAGCCCAUCUACUGAGCGCCCUCUGGUAGAUGAGCAUACAUACCCAUCCACACCCCCUGCUCCAGUCACUGCUCGAACAACACUUGACUGGUCAGUUACGACCAGCCCUUCCUACACUACAGUACCAGAGCAAAGGAUGACAAGCCACACAUCUGCAGCACCAAAAUCGACCACUCUUAUGCCCGGCAGAGUAUGCACGUCUCCAUAUGCAGAGGUAGUGGAUGAAUGCACCAAGCUUAUUUGUGUGAGUGGCCAGUUGCUCCUCUUCAAUAAAUCUCAGAGCUGCCCUUAUGAUCCUACACCUCCAAACUGUGGUCUGCUUGGUUUUGCUGUACUGGUCAAUGGUGAUAAGUGUUGUCCACGAUGGAACUGCCCAUGUCGUUGUUCGGUGUUUCCGGAUCUGAAUGUGAUCACGUUCGAUGGCAACAGUGUUGCGGUUUAUAAAGCUGCUUUAUAUGUUGUGACUCAACUUCCCAAUGAGACUGUCAGCAUCCUGGUGCAGGAAUGUUCUGGAGCGGAUGACACUCUUGUGUGGAACUUUACGAAUUUGUGUCUGGCAGCUCUGAACAUCACUCACAAAUCCCACGAAGUUGUCAUUAACCGUCUGCAGAGACGUCUAUAUGUGAACUCCAGGUAUGCAAAGCCACGUUUUAAGAAGUUUGGAUUUGAGAUUCUGGACACAGGAAACAUGUAUCUAAUCCGAAGUCCAGCGGGAUUGAAGAUCCAGUGGUUCCACACUACAGGAAUGAUGGUGAUUGAGAUGGACAGCUAUAACAACAGACUGCCCACCAUGGGCUUGUGUGGUAGUUGUGAUGGCAAUCCAUUGAAUGAUCUGACUCUACCUAAUGGUACAGUUGUAUCAGAACAAGAGGAUCCAGCAGUGUUUAUCGAUAGCUGGCAGAUUCCCAACACCACCAGCUAUGUCAGUAACAGCAGAAGGAGGGAGGUCAACUGUACCACCAGCGAUUGUUCCCUGUGCAUGAGCAUGUUGCACAAACACAGCUUCACCAUUUGCCAUCCUUAUGUGCCUCCAGCGACUUUCUGUGAGAUGUGGGUAAAGGAUAUGGAGUAUGUGAGGAAACCAUGCAUUGCUUUGGCCGCUUAUGCUGCGUCCUGCCACAAAUUCAACAUCUGUAUAGAAUGGAGAAGCCCUGAUUUCUGCCCAUUUACAUGCCCUGAAAAUCUGUGGUAUCAGGCCUGCUUGCCAGCCUGCACUGCCCCGUCCUGUCCAAACCAAGAGUUUGAGUUUGUCCCAGAACAAUGUACAGGUAUUUCCGAGGGGUGUGUGUGUCCGGAGGGAACUCUACUACAUCGGCCCUAUUCUGCACUCUGUAUUCCACCCAGCAAGUGUGCUUGCACUGAUAGUUUUGGUACUCCACGGGCACUGGGAGAGGUGUGGAAAGCCUCACUGGAUGGCUGCUGUAUGUAUAAAUGUGAGAAUGACAGCAUUGUGCCGGUGGAAUAUAACUGCAGUAACAUCCCUCACCCAGUGUGCACGCGUACAGGAGAGAUUAGUGUCAAUCUGGCAGACGACAGCAGCUGCUGCCCUCACAAAGCCUGUGUUUGUAAUCAGAGUAUGUGUGAGACAGCUCUUCCAGGCUGUAAAUAUGGGGAGAAGCUGGUGUCGUAUCAUAGGCAGGACUCCUGCUGUCCGGAAUAUAUGUGCGAAUGUGACCCUGAUCAGUGUGUCCUGGACAAUCCUGUGUGUCGAGAGGAUCAGACAUUGAUCGCCACUCGUACAGAAGGCAGCUGCUGUUUGGCCCACAUCUGCAUGUGUAAUAAAUGCUCUGAGGCAGCCCCAGUGUGUCAGGCAGGAGAGCUGCUUAUCGUCGACACCAACAGCACAGAGCGUUGCUGUCCAGCUUAUCACUGCUUGUGUGAGCCCUCUCGAUGCUUGGAGAUCACAUGUCCUGCUGGCAUGACAGCAGUUUCCACAAAGACUCCAGGCCAAUGUUGUCCGUUACAGACAUGUGAAUGCGCAUGUGACAAAAUUCUUCGCCCUACAUGUUCUCUGGGAGAGAGUGUACAGUUAGACAGAGCAUUUCUGUCUGAUCCGGAAAAUCAUUGUAACUGCAAACGAUUCAUGUGUGUGAGAGAGGCGGUGUGUGUGGAUGGGACAAGAGGAGUGAUGCGGCCGGGGCAGACACUGGUUGAGCACCGUGAUCAGGGUGUGUGUUACACUACACAAUGCACAAACACGCUGAACCCUGCCACAGGUUUCCAUCUUCUCAAAGCAACCAGCACCAACUGCACUGCACGCUGCCAGCCUAACCAGAUUUAUAUCCCUCCUAAAGACUCCAGCAACUGUUGUGGGUUCUGUAAAAACAUUUCAUGUCCACAGCGGAAUGAAAAUGGAUCUGUAACCAUGUACAAGCCAGGACGUAGCUGGGUGUCUGACUGCAUGCAUUAUGAGUGCACAGACACUCUAUCAGGACCUGUGCUCGUCUCCCACCCCUACAGCUGUCCUCCCUUCAAUGAAACCGAAUGCAUGAAGAUUGGUGGCACUGUUGUGAGUUACAUGGAUGGUUGCUGCAAGACAUGUAAAGAAGAUGGAAAGUCAUGUCAGAAAGUGACGGUGAGGAUGACAAUUAGAAAGAAUGACUGCCGUAGCAACAGACCAGUCAACAUAGUGUCAUGUGAUGGAAAGUGUCCGUCUGCAAGUAUUUACAACUACAACAUCAACACGUAUGCACGCUUUUGUAAGUGCUGUAGAGAGAUGGGGCUGCAGCGUCGUUCAGUUCAACUUUACUGUAGUGGAAACUCCACAUGGGUCAGUUACUCCAUACAGGAACCUACAGACUGUUCCUGCCAGUGGUCAUAAGCCUAUAAAAAAGUGGAAACCAUAAAAGAAAGUGUUACUUAAAUUUCAACUUGAAAGUUAACUUCACCAUGAGAUCUGAAGUUUAAAAUAGUGUUGUUUUCAUGAAACUUCUCACAUAAUAUCUCAGAGAAUGGUAGAAAUGUGGGUGGCUUAUUUGAAGUGUAAGAAAUGUGGAAGCACAUACUGUGUCAAUAAAAUGAUGCAGGAUUUAAACAACAAUCGUAUUUCUGUUCUGUAUAUAUGGAUUUAUACAAUUGAGCACACUGGAGUAAAAAAGAUUUACUAAUUGUAUUUAGAGGUUUUUCUGCAGGUAACAUGACUUCUUAAUGAUCUGAAUAUUAAGUGAUUUGAUAUGCUUUUUAACAAUUACACGUUUAUUGAGUAAUUGACUUUAAGCUGUAAUUUGAGCACUUUAUUUAUUUAUUACCAUAUAAGAACAACUUCUUUACUCAAGAUACAAGAUUUUAUACACAAACAGUACAGUAAGCGUAAAUUAAACGUGGCUUUGAUCUAUGAAGCACUUCAGCUGCAGCAAAAUUCUUAUUUUCAUGAUCUGGUGUAAAUUGAGAAGUUGAACACAUGUUUUAUACAGUAUACUUUACUGCACGAAUAAAAUCAACUGCUUUGAUUACUUUUGUGAGACAUUUAGUACUGACGUGAAACUGAAUAUGUGAAGUUCCUGUUUUUGUAUCCGUGUCCACAGUAUUGCAGUUUUGCAUCUACAAAAUGCAAAUGGACGGUCAUAAUGAAUACCUCUAUAUUUCAAUACAAUAUUUUGUGGAGUGGAGCCCAUAUUAGGUUCUUGGUUUAUAUAUUUUACCUGCUAAAGAACUGCAGAAUAUAUGAUAUGCUUAGUUUGGAUAUUUUAAUUGUGUACCAUACAAUAUGUUUAUUUACAUUUUCAAUAAAAAACCUUUAGAAAACAAAAAGUGUGGUGAAUUUAAAAAAAAGAAUAUAAAAUAAAAUAAUAUUUUCUCUAACUAUGCAAUGUACACUUACAAAAUUAUUUAGUUAAUUCCCACCAACAUUUAUUUUGUGGAACAAUUUUGCCUGCAGUACAAAUAAUUUCAGUGAGUGUACAGAAACUAAUAAUUUCAUAAUGGCAGUGUUGUGUGUACUUGCGUGGCAUCCUAAUAUUUAUUACAAAUUGGGGAAGAUGCACAUCAUGGCAGUAGUUGCCCUAUCUGAAUAACAGCUUUCUUCUCACCCAUAUUCUUUCAUAAUAAUCUGAAUGAUCAUAACAUUUAGAAAGAAUAACAUUACUGCACUAAUGCCGAGUUCAGACUGUAUGAUUUUCAAACUAGUCGGGUCACCUGUGGUUUCACACUGCGUGAUUAUCUGGGGAAGCGUUCAGUCGUUGCUGUUUCAGACUGCAUGAUGGAUUGGCGACAGGGGUUUUCAUACUGCAUGACUUUACCGUAAGAAUAAUCGCCGAUA